CUGACAACAAACAUUAUCUCACAGAAUAAAGUCUCAACUCUGCAACUACAGUCGUUUGAUCAUACAAUCCUUCUUUCAUUCCUCACCCCUUUUGCACACAAGCAAGGAAUCACCAAAUUCCAUUCAUAACAUAACAUGGGUCUGCUUGGAAAAAGCUUCACUUCCAAGAUCAAAAGCAUCACCACACUUGCUGUUUCUAGGAUUGUUAUCUUGAAGAAUCAGCACAAAGCUCGAGCCUCUUAUGCUCGCUCUGAUGUUGCUCAGCUCUUAAACCUUGGUUACCAUGACCCUGCUCUACUUCGUGUGGAUCAAUGGAUAAUAGAACAAAACAUGUUGGAAGUGUUUUCUAUGGUAGAAAACUAUUGUAAUUUGCUGAGAGAAAGAGCUGAAGCUCUUGAAACCAACAAGGAGUGCCCCGUUGAUCUCAUGGAAACAACAUCUAGCCUUAUCUUUGCAUCCUCAAGGUGUGGAGAUUUUCCAGAGCUGCACAAGAUAAGAGAGAUUUUAACAUCAAGGUUUGGGAAAGAGUUUGCAGACCAUGCUGUUGAGUUGCACAAAAAUAAUAGAGUGAACUCUGAGAUGAUACAAAAGCUUUCACCAAAACGCCUCACCAUGGAAAUCAAAAUGAAAGCGCUGAAACAAAUUGCUUCAGAAAUUGGAGUUACUUUGCGUUUGGAGCAGAAGCCUGUAUUGAUCAAUAAAGAAAAAAUGAAUGUUGAACGAGGACAAGAUGAACGUGAAACCAGAAAAAAUAGUGUUGAUGAUCAUCACCAUAAAGUUAAUAUCCAAAAUAAUCCAGAAAAAAUAAUUCAGCGUGAGCUUGUAUCUGAUAGGAAUGAAGAAAGGAAGAGACACACUGAUACAGCUGCUGCAGCAGCUGAAAAAGCCUUAGAAUCAGAAUCUUUUGGGAUUGAAGUUAGUAAACAAUCAAAUCACGAUAUUGAACUAAAAGCAUCGGAAAGGAGGGAAAUUAAAACACUUGCAUGGGAAGACUUUCAUUUAAGUCUGAAUCCAAGAGGUAAUAUGACAGCAAUAUCAAAUAAUGCAGAGUUAAUUUCCAAGGAACAUGUGAAGGAAGCAAAAAGAGAGGAUGACAAUGAUCACAACAGUAAUUCUGAUGCAGCUACAGAAAAUGAACACUUCAAAUUCAACGAAGAAAGAGUUCAUGCUUCUUCCAACGCCAUAAGACGGAAUUCACAGAGGUCUCAAUCUGAUCCCACUCAACAUCUUUUGGCAACAAGACGUGAUGGAAACUAGGGAUCCAACACAAGUUCAAAAGCAGAUACAUACACAUCAUGAACAUGUGGAUUGGAAGAUGAUGUCAGUGAGGAGGAGUAGAUGAUCAAAAGGUGAAUAACAAAAAGUAUGGAGAAUUGGAACAUGUAUUUUCUUCAAAAGUGUACAAAGUGCAAAACCUAAAUUAUUUAGCAUUUGAAAUAAAAUAAAAAGCCAAUUUGUAAGGAAAGAUGUAUCAGAAUAUUUUUUUAUCGGCAGAAAAUAUAUAAAAUGAAAAAUAC